AAAAUGUAAAGAGUGUUUUCAUAAAUGGGGAGAUUUGCAAUUCCUUAUCCCAGAUUGAUGUCAUCAUCUACCUUAUAUUCGCCAUAGGUCUAUUUACAGGCUCUGCGUAUUCAGAGACACCAGAUACCUCAGAGUUAGAUUUUUGCAUCAAACUCAAAAGAUCCUAUAAUCAAUCAUUACUGUGAGCAAUCGAUUGCAGUUUUGGAUUGUCUGAGCAAGAAAAAGAAAAGAGCAAGGAAGAAGCAAACAAGGAGAAAGGGCAAUAAAAUUAUCAAUGCUAGAAAUAGAUGAG